AUGAGUGGUAAGUUUGUUCGUGCUUCUAAAUAUAGACACGUUUUUGGCCAGGCAGCUAAAAAGGAACUGCAGUAUGAAAAACUUAAAGUCACCAACAAUGCAUGGGACUCCAACUUACUAAAAACUAAUGGAAAAUUCAUUGCUGUAAACUGGAAUGCUUCUGGAGGUGGUGCAUUUGCUGUCAUUCCGAUUGAAGAAGUAGGUAAGGCUCCCGAUCAAGUGCCUUUGUUUAGAGGCCACACUGCUCAAGUCCUGGACACAGAUUUUGAUCCAUUUAAUGAUCAUAGGAUUGCUUCUGGUUCCGAUGAUUCCAAGAUUGGUAUUUGGAACAUACCAGAAAGUUAUAAAUUUCACGAUCAUGUGAAUGAAGAUGGAGAGCCAAUUGAUAUUGAGCCUGUAAAGUUUUUGACAGGACAUGCGAGAAAAGUUGGGCAUGUUCUUUAUCAUCCUGUCGCCAAGAAUGUAUUGGCAUCUUCUUCGGGUGAUUACACUGUUAAGUUAUGGGACGUGGAAACUGGGAAGGACAUGAUUACUUUGAAACAUCCGGAUAUGGUCACAUCCAUGUCGUUUUCGUACGAUGGUAAUUAUUUAGCCACUGUGGCCCGAGAUAAGAAGCUGCGAGUCUGGAAUAUCAGGGAUGAGAAAAUUGUCAGUGAAGGUUUUGCACAUACGGGUGCUAAAAACCAGAGAGUGGUUUGGCUAGGAAACUCUGACCGGUUGGCUACAACUGGUUUUUCAAAAUUGAGUGAUCGCCAAAUUGGUAUUUGGGACGCAUUCAAUCUUGAAAAGGGAGAUUUGGGCGGUUUCUACACUGUUGACCAAUCAUCAGGUAUUUUGAUGCCCUUUUAUGAUGAAGGCAACAAAAUUCUUUACUUGGUAGGUAAAGGUGAUGGUAACAUUCGAUAUUACGAAUUCCAGAACGAUGAGUUGUUCGAGUUAUCUGAGUUCCAAUCCAUUGAAGCGCAGAGAGGCUUUGCGGUAGCGCCUAAGCGAAUGGUGAACGUCAAAGAAAACGAAGUCUUGAAAGGUUUCAAGACUGUCGUUGAUCAACGUAUCGAACCAGUUUCAUUCUUUGUCCCAAGAAGAUCAGAAGAAUUUCAAGAAGAUAUCUAUCCAGACGCACCUUCCGAUAAGCCAGCUUUGAUUGCUGAGGAGUGGUUUUCUGGUAAAUCCGUUGAAGGUCCAAUUCUUGUUAGUAUGAGAUCCAUCUAUGACGGCUCUACGCCAAGCUUUCAUGGAGCUAAAAAACCAGAACAUCCGGCAACUCAAACAAAUGAUCCGCAAGAUAAAGAAGUGCAGGCUAAGAAGGCGGAGACGCCGGUUGGCGAAUCCAAAAAGGAAGUGAAACAGGAAGCCCCAAAAUCUCCCACACCACAAAAUUCGCCCUCCCCAUCUUCUAAUAUCAAUCAUGUAUUAAAGGAGGAUAAGUCUAUCAACAAGUUGUUAAAAAAGGCCUCGGAUAUCGAUCAAGUUAAUCACGCCGAAGAUCCCUCUUCAGAUACUUCUGGAUGGGAAUUAGCAGAUGAUGAGCCAGCUCCUAUCAAAAUCGAACCUGUAGUUAAUCCAACAAAAACUAAGAAGGAGGAUUCGUUCAAGGCCGAACCCCCAAAGGAAACGAAACCAGAACCAGUAUCUAUUGCGACAGAUAAAGGACAAGAGCAAAAAUUACCUCAGAAAGAGAAGUCCCCCGAAAAAGCAAAGUCUUGUGACGAGGAAAACUGCCCAGCUCCUUCUUCUUCAACUAGGGAAACUACGACAGUUGUCACUACCAGCAAUAGGGAAGAUUCUUCGACAGCUAAGGCAUCUCCUAAGUCAUUGGGUCUAAAACAAUCUGUCGAAAAACUGUCUACACUGGUUCUACAAUUAGAAGAUGUGAUUGAUAAGUUAAUAAAGGCAAACCUUGAUAAGGAUGAGCGUCUGUUGAAGCUAGAGCAAAAGGUUAGUGAACUAUCAAAAUGA